GCCAACUCCAACAAGCCGCUGACGCCGUUCAGCAUCGAGGACAUCCUCAACAAGCCGUCUGUGCGGAGAAGUUACUCGCUGUGCGGGGCGGCGCACCUGCUGGCCGCGGCGGACAAGCACGCGCCGGGCGGCUUGCCCCUGGCGGGCCGCGCGUUGCUCUCGCAGACCUCGCCGCUGUGCGCGCUGGAGGAGCUCGCCAGCAAGACCUUUAAGGGGCUGGAGGUCACCGUCCUUCAGGCAGCUGAAGGCCGCGACGGGAUGACCAUCUUUGGGCAGCGGCAGACCCCCAAGAAGCGGCGAAAGUCACGCACGGCCUUCACCAACCACCAGAUCUAUGAGUUAGAAAAACGUUUCCUAUACCAGAAGUACCUGUCCCCCGCCGAUCGCGACCAAAUCGCGCAGCAGCUGGGCCUCACCAACGCGCAGGUCAUCACCUGGUUCCAGAAUCGGCGCGCCAAGCUCAAGCGGGACCUGGAGGAGAUGAAGGCCGACGUGGAGUCUGCCAAGAAACUGGGCCCCAGCGGGCAGAUGGACAUCGUGGCGCUUGCCGAACUGGAGCAGAACUCAGAGGCCGCAGGCGGCGGUGGCGGCGGCUGCGGCAGGGCCAAGUCGAGGCCCGGCUCUCCCGCGCUCCCCCCAGGCGCCCCGCAGGCCCCAGGCUCCGGGCCCCUGCAGCUCUCUCCUGCCUCCCCGCUCACGGACCAGCCGGCCAGCAGCCAGGACUGCUCGGAGGACGAGGAAGACGAAGAGAUAGACGUGGACGAUUGA